AUGGGCGACGGUAAUCUCUUACCAUCAGAUGAUCCGACCAUUCUGAGGUGCUUAGGAAAGAAAGUGCCAUUAGCUGAUACUUCAAUCAUAAUAAGCAGCAGUGCUCAAAACUUGUCACAAGUAAACAGGUCAGCGUUAGCGUAUCACAGCAGUACGGAACCAGGACGCCAGUUGAGGAACAUUGGCAUUUCCGCUUCGUCUACCACGUCAAGAUCAACUACUAAGACCAGUUCAAGUCCAUAUAGUCGCAGUGACGGCCAGCUAAGGCACACUAGUACAUCGACAUCUAACUAUAACACGAGCGCGAGCGAUAUGCCGGCUUACCUCAGAGGGUUCGAUUCGUCUUUGAAUACGAGAAAAGAUGACGAGAGUCGACGUCGACGGAAAGCCCGAGGGGUUGAAAGCUCUAAAGCGGGGGGUGGUGGCGGGGGUGGGGGGGAAGCGACGGAGGGCACGGACAGUGACAGUGAUGCGAGCGAGCGGAGUCUCGAUCUCGCCUCCAGCCACUCCUCUGAUGAUGACGAGACUACCACGCGAGAAAGAGUAUCGAGUAGUACUGGAGGCAGUUACCUGCCCAACAUCACAGAGGGCGCUCCCCUAGGUAUCCCGCCACGCUGGCCCUCGCAUAUAAGAGAAGAAUCGAGUCGUCCCGACAUGGGGCGAUGGUCCCAAGAAACCGGCUCGGACAAUGAAGCAUUAAACGCCGGUAUGGCGUCACCGUCUCCGAACCCACUACCCAACCCCGACCUCACGUCUGACGUGUACCUCGCCAGGCACAGGAUGAAGCCAUCCAUACUCGAGAACGUGCACGACACAUACGGGGUCAUGGACGAGGAGCUCAUGUAUGGUGUCCUACCGAACGACACUGAAAAGCAAAUGCCGUACGACCCGAACUACCCCAUCUCCCCAACUAUGUACAGAUUGCCAGGAAAUCCGUACGGUUCCAAGACAUACCUGUCUUCGAGGACGUCAGAUUACGGCUACAGUCCCACUCAAUAUCUGAACACGGACACAAACGUAUACGGGUCUAGAGAUUUUAGAGAUUCCGGGGUCUCGACGAGGGAGCAUGACGGCUAUCCUCCGAGGGAUUUUAGGGAUUCGGGGAUAGCGACUAUGCUGAAGAACGACUACCAGAGGAAAAUGGAUAGUCAUUACGGUCCAGAAUACAGCGAAAGAAUGUCAGAGGGAUCUGACAAACAUCAUCAUACUCAUGACAAAUAUUUGUUCCCGUACACAGCCGAGGAGGACCACACGAGCUUGCGCGCCGUCAGCCAGUCACCGCAAGUGCAUAACGCGCACGCAGGCGAACCGCCGCAACAGAUGGGGGCGCCCCUAGCGAGUAUGGGUGAAACUAGCGAGAAAUCUACUACUGAAGACGACGCAGAGACGAGAGUUUGAAAAUAUUAGUACAAGAUUUCCAAUGAAUCUCAUUUAGUUAAUCAAUUUCUCUCUAUUUUAUAUUGUAAACAUAAUUUUAAGUGUCUUAAUGUUAAUUUAAUGCAAGACUGUCUCAACAAUCAGUAAUCCACUGCCAUAGUUUAGAAUUUAAAGGCUAUUUAUUUAUGGGAUUAUAAUGUUUAAGCUUUAAGUAGGAAAUCUUCAGUUCACUGAGUAAACAAUAGGUAUCUAUACUUAAUAAUUUAAAUACGAAGUUGAAUAAAGACUUCUUUAAUAAAAAUGUUUUACAAUUCUCGUAUAUGGGGCCAUCCAUAAAUUACGUCACGACAUUGUGUGACAAGGGGGUGGGAGGGUCCUAAAUUUCGUGACGUCACAUUUCAAAAUCUAUUAUAAUCUAAGUGUUAAAACACGAACUUUAAACUAUUACUUUACAAAAACCUUGCAAAAUAUGUGACAUCACACUAGGAGGGGAAGUCUUACAAAUGUGACCAGCUGUGACUAGGACGGGGGAGGGGCAAAAAAUCAUGAAAAUCGUGUGACUUAAUUUAUGGAUGACCCCUAUUGAUAUAAUAUCACCAUGUAAAGUAGUCAUAGAAUACAAACUUCGGCAGAUUUGGAAAGAAAAAUUGGUAUAAUGAUUUAUUAUCAAAUUGAUCGGGUAUAAUGGGACUAGUGCAAAUUAUAAAUAUUUUGAUGCCUGAAACAAAGAUUAGGUAAUGAUGUUAACAUCCAAAGUCAGUUGUAUAUAAUGAAGUAAAUUUAUAGGGUUUCAAUUCGAUCACUAUUUUUAUAUUUAGAUAUUUUAUGAUUAAAAUAUCUUUAGCUAAUCACGUUGCAUUUUAAGUCUACCUGAAAAAUUGUAGUCAAAUUGAAACUCCUUGCAUUAUUAAAAUCAUAGAUAAUUAUUUUUAUAUUAAAACCAAAACAUUAUAUGUAAGUUUGUGUAAUAGAGAUCUUUUUAAUCAGAGUCAGAUUUUAUGAUCAACGCAGCAAGUUGUAAUAAUAAGCUCAGCUUAAUGAUAUAUGUGUAUUAGGAAUUAGAUAUUUGUUGCAUUCAUUGAACUCUAAAAAUGAUCCCAUAGUGUACUUUUUAAGUAGGUAAACUCAGAUUUGUUAAAGACAAAUAAGUAAAUGGGAUUGAAUAGCGUUUUGUGUAUUUUAAUGAAGUCUACAUAAUAACUAUAGAUUUAUGUAAAUAAAAAAGAGUGUUGUGUGCAUUUUGAGCGUUUUAGCGAAGAUUCCACCUAUUUUGUAAAUAAAUAGAUUUUUACACUGUAACUUAUAAGUGAGUAGAAACUAGAUAAUAAGGAAAAAAGCUUUAUUUAGGUACUCUGUAGUUUCACAUUGCCAUAUAAUUUUUGUACGUCUUUAUAUCAGGCACUCCCCGCGUUUUAUAAAUUACUUAUUAUUUUUAACGCUCUUACCUCUAUAGGUAAAAGAAAAUUAAGAAAAACAUUUCCGCUGAACGUGAAAUAAAUUUAAAAUACAUUUGAAACUUUUAAAAAGUGUUUUGUUUGUUGUUAAUUAUAAAGUAGUAAAUAAGGCACACUCGGAGGGCUAUCCUUUUUUGAGACCACCUGAUUGCGCCUCUACUGGGUAGGGUUAUAAAUAAAUACCUACAAUCUCAAAAUAAAUAAAACAGUUAACAAUGAGCUUUCUCAUAUUCUCCAGCGCCUCUAGCGGAAAAUUCGAAACGCACUAAACCGUCAUUUAAUAUGCCUCUGUGGGUUAAGAACUUCCUUUUUUAAUAUUUCAUAUGAUUCAUGUAGAUGUGUUUAUGUAGAAAUUAAUAAGAAGUGAUACAUCACACAUUCCAUUUUAAUUAUUUAUUGUAACGAGUUGGAUUUGAAGUUCACUGUAAUGUAAAAUUAUUUAAAUAGCAUAGAUAAAAUAGCUUCGAAAAUAUGUGCAAUAUACAUUUUUUCAAUGAGCGACAGUAAUUGGACUAAUUUCAUAGUUGGUGCUCCCGUGGCGAAAGGAAAUUAUCUUUGAGAUACUACUGUCCUAUGUAUAUAUUUUUUUUUUUACUCUGUGAAAGUAAUACAAAAGCAAAACAGUCGUCAGCAAAUCCUUUGGAAAAAAUCAUAAUUAUGAAUUAAAAUAACGAAACGAAUAUCCAAGGGAUUCAAUUCUGCUUGCGUUCGUAUUUAAUUAUGACUCAUCAGUUGAAUUUCGGUUGGAUCUGUUAACAGUUCUUGUUACUCAAAAUAGCAAAUAAAUCUGCCGCCGUUAAUUUAUAAAGACGCUAAUAAAGAAACAAUAUUGGACCCCAACACAUCGUCGAACAGAGCAUUAGAUUCAAUAGAUUAAAUCUCUUAAAGCAGAGUUUAAUUCAGUGAUCCUUAUGCUGAGACAGCGCUGUGUUCGAUGCUGUAUUUUUCACAGAACAGCACUGCAAAUUGACAAAUAUAAUGGCUAAAUGGUAUGACAUUAUUAUGAUAAUAGUAGCAGAAUUCGAGACCCCGCAUAUAAGUACAUAAGUAAAUGUAGAACUGCCCGCAUUUUUGGCUCACGUCUGUAUUUAAUCCAAUUUUUAUUGUGGUCAAUCUUGCUCAUUUAUAUAAACAUAUAAUAAUAGCUUUAGAUAAUUUAUGCAUCGGUUUUGUGCAAAUAAUAUUUCAUAGUGGUACAAAUGAACAUCAGAAUUGUUUUUAAAUAAAAUAUUUUAUUGC